UAGUUAACAAUGAAAUACUUGUAUUUGCAAUUAAUUGCUUUGGGUUUGUGCGCCGCAGUUGCAUCGAUUGACUUGGUUCAACCACUCAUCUGCUUGGAGGAAUUAGGCUUACGUAUUGUUAAUGGCGCUCCUGCUCUACCAAAACAGAUUCCACAUCAAGUUGGCUUGAUUUUGUACAUUGGCGAAGAUACCUAUUGGUGUGGAGGCUCUUUGCUUUCUAAUAUUUAUGUGUUAACUGCUGGUCAUUGUGCCAAGGAUGCCAGUAAAAUUAUUGUUAUUCUGGGAGCCAAUGAUAUAGAUAAUCCCAAUGAAGUGGGCCAACUAAGGAUUACAGUCUAUGCGUCUGGCAUAACUGUGCACGAGGAUUAUGAUGACAGUACGCUGGAAAAUGAUAUUGCCAUUAUUGAAUUUCCUGAACCGAUUGUCUACAAUGAUUACAUAAAAAAUAUUAAAUUACCGAAACUUGUUGGACCUCAUCUGAAUUAUGCCGGAAAAAUGGCCAGAAUUUCCGGUUGGGGCAAAACAAGUAGCCUUGCUUCGGGUAUUACGAAUAAACUUCGUUACGCGGAUGUUUGUGUACAACCAAAUUUCAUUUGUGACAUACAAUACUUAGGUGGAGUUACCGCCUCUAAUAUAUGUACUCAUAGCAUACUGUUAAAGGCCACUUGUAAUGGAGAUUCUGGUGGUCCAUUGGCCUAUUUUGUUGACGAUCAUUAUGAGUUAAUUGGUAUUGUAUCAUUUGGUUUUUCACUUGGCUGUGAUUUGGGCUGGUCAUCUGGAUUUACCCGAGUAACAUCAUUUCUACCAUGGAUAUAUUUGAAAACGGGUAUUGCAUAUCUUUAACAGAAUAAGUGAAAUGUUACAAACAAAAUAACAAACUAAACAUACUUUAUUAAUGUCCAAUGUUGACAUUUUAUUAUAUACAUUUUCAGGUGUACUACAGAAUAAAUGUUUAACAUGGUA